AUGGCCGACCAUUCUGAACCCAAGCAAACUUACGACGUCGACGCGGCCGUCUAUCAUCCCAAAGAUGCGCUAGGGCUUUCUUUGCGAGGAGGCACACUGGCAGGUGCGGCUGGUCUUUUCUUGGCCUCGGUACAAAACACAGUCACAAAGGAGAAUGUCGGGUUUUUUAGUGUCUUCUCACGGUUUGGGAGCACCAUAGGCUUGUUCGCGGCUGUGGGAGGGACAUUCGCCUUUACAAGUGCGGCAUCGGCCAAUUUGCGGGAAAAGGAUGACUUUUGGAACCACGGAAUCGGGGGUGCGCUUGCUGGUACUCUCCCUGGUCUGACAAAGAGAUCAAUGCCAGCGGCUAUGGGAGGCGCUUUCGCGUUGGGCGUCUCCUUGGCCGCCGUCAGCUAUACAGGACACUCCAUCUUUCAGUCUGCUUCGGAAGAAUCACUGUCUGACCGGGCAACGUACAAGGAAGAUUCCAAAGCCAGGUACCGGAGACCGAUCAACGAGACGAUCAACGAACUUGGAGAAGGCAGAGGUAUUUACGGACCAGGGUACGAGGAGAGACGGAGGCAGAGAAUCAAAGAAAGAUAUGGAAUCGAUGUAAACAACCAGCCAUACUACGCGGGAACUUCGGCAGUAGUAGCGGAUUGA